CACCAACUCCACUGGGUCCAGUCCAAGUCCAAGUCCAACACCAACACCAACACCACUAACAUAUCCACACCCCCAAACACACAAGACCUGUUCUCUCUUAUUGCACUGCUCCACUUGCUCUACUCUUUUGUCCAGCCUAUUUUACCAAUUACUCUAGUCACCAUCUCAACCUCUCCUCUCACCAAAUCUCUCGUUCCUCAACUUCAACGUCUUGGACGUCUUCGACCCUCACUCCUCCUCGACACACGCUUCUCUCUACACGCGACAAUGGUACUAUAGAUCGAUUCCUCGUCACAUCCCGUUGUGACUUGAGCAAUUCACGGCCCGCCUGUGCGAGCCUUCUGCACUCCCCUUCAGUAUGUCGAGGCGACAACAGCCGCUCCAACAAUCUCGCCCAUCAUGGAUCCCUCACAGUACUAUCAGCACCAUCAUCACCACUCCCACCGUCAUCACCACAAGUCUCUAUCGCAGCAACAGUCGUCCGCCUCCCUCUCGUCGACGGCUCGCGGAGCCCCGCCGCUGCAUACCCAUCUCCCCUCCUCUUCCUCCAUGCCUUUGAGGACCGCCAACAGCACUCCUAUGUCUUCGCCAGGACUUUUCAGCCCCUCGCCCUCUAGGCAGAAUCUCGUCACCUCCGUAUCCGAGAACAAUACACCUCCCAAUUACACCCAAAGUCCUCUCCUGCACCCUUUGCAGAUGCACAAAGUUAGAGAGACACACAAAGCCCUUAUUGACUCAGAUACCGCCACAGGCCGCAAGCUCAUUAACCAAUAUGAAGUGAUCGAAGAAAUUGGCCGUGGAAUGCAUGGUAAAGUCAAGCUGGCUCGCAACCUCGAAACAGGCGAAAAUGUGGCCAUCAAGAUCAUCCCACGUUUCUCUAAGAAGCGACGCCUUGGAAAGGUUACGGCAAAGUCUCCCCAAGACAAGACGAAGAAGGAAAUCGCCAUCUUGAAGAAGAUCCGUCAUCCGAAUGUCGUCGCCCUCCUCGAAGUCAUUGACGACCCUGAGCUCAAGAAGAUUUACAUGGUUCUUGAGCAUGUGGAACUCGGUGAAGUUGUGUGGCGUAAGAAGGGUCUCCCUCACAUUUGUCUAUUCGAACGACGACGCAUAGAACGCGAAAUGCGAGGCGAGCUCCCAACUCCCGAGGAGGACCGUUACGAACAACUCCUUGAACAUCGCCAGGCUAUCAAGCAAAUGAAACGAGCCAAGAUGGCACAGAAUUACCCCGGUCAGAUGAACUGGAGUUUUGAGAAUGGAGGAGCCGACGAGCCUAGUAGCAGUCUAGGAAGCCAGUCCCGCAUAUCCUCCAUGCAAGACUUUGCCGUCAGCGAUGGAUCACCUUCGAGACCUACUUCACGACAAACCUUCCGCGAUGAACAAAGGGCACAUUCACGAUCACGAUCUGUGGUUUCGUCGACUCGGGCCGUUGAAGACCCUGACGAGUUCAUCAAUUGGGAAGACGACAUGGAAACCCCCAGCGCUCUCCGAUCUAACCCCACCUCGAGUACCGCGUUGGAUGGCACCAUGUACGGCCCGUACGUCGACGAAGGCUUCCGAGGACGCUCUCCCAGCAUGGCUGAUUCGAUCAUCUCGCACAUGUCCUCUCUUGAUUUCAACCCUCAACAACACGACCCCUUCUCAGAUGACUUCUCCUACGUUCCAUGCUUCACCUUUGACCAAGCUCGAUCAACCUUCAGAGAUACUGUUCUCGGCCUCGAGUACUUGCAUUAUCAAGGUGUCGUCCACCGAGAUAUCAAGCCAGCCAAUCUGUUGUGGAGUAAAGAUCAUCGCGUCAAGAUUUCUGACUUUGGCGUCUCCUACUUUGGCCGACCUAUUCGCGAUGGCGAGUUUGACGACACAGUAUCCGAAUCUGAGGCCAAGGAUUUCGACGAUGAUCUUGAACUUGCUAAGACAGUUGGUACACCUGCGUUCUUUGCUCCCGAGUUAUGCUACACCGACUUGGACACAGAACAACCCAAGGUCUCGGAACAAAUCGAUGUUUGGUCUCUCGGUGUGACGCUUUACUGCUUGAUCUACGCUCGAAUCCCCUUCCUCGCCGAAGAUGAGUUUCAGAUGUUCCGAAAGAUCGCAACUGAGGAAGUCUACAUCCCCAAGCGCCGCUUGAUGCCCGUUCACCCCUCAACCUCCCCUGCCGCUACCUCCCUCUACAAGCGUCAGAACAUGCACCCGUACCGUGAUGACAACGACUUGGUCUACGAAGAAGUCGACAACCUCCUUAUUGACCUGCUGCGACAAAUGCUCACCAAGAACCCUGAAAAGCGAAUUCGAUUGCGAGACAUCAAGCGUCACCCAUGGGUCGUCCAGGAUAUUAUGAAUCCUAUCGGAUGGCUCGACGAUACUGACCCUGCUCGCCCUUCUUCCGGUCGCAAGAUCCAAGUCGACGAAAGGGAAAUGUCAUCCGCCGUCGUGCCUCUUACUUUUCUCGAGCGUGCCCGCUCGGUGGUCAAGAAGGCUGUUGGCAAGGUAAUGCACCCCCUCGUGGAACGAAGUGAUAGCAAAACGCGACAUCGAGCCAACAGUAGUGCUGCUAGCUCCACCGGCGACAACGUAAGCAUGUACAAUAACGGACCUCCGACUCCUCAUGGGCAGUACCGCGAGAACCGACGCAAGAGUCUCCGCCCUGACGACUACUUCGCGAGUGCCAUGCGAGAUGCCGCCGCGGCGCCCGAACAUCCUCUCUCAGUCAGCCAAUCAGUCAGCCAAUCAGUCAGCCCACAGCCCGAAUCCGUCAUCUACGACCCGUUGGCCACUGUUCUUCCCGAAGCCGGCGUUUACCGGGGCCAUCAUCAUGCUCAUAGCGAGAGCGAGUCGAUACGCGAACCCGAGAAGUCAUCAUCGGCAGCCUCUCUAUGGCCCUUCCACCGUCACGCUCAUAGCCAUGGACAUACCAAAACCACUCAACACUGGCUCCAUCUUGGCUCCCCCAUGCCCGUCUCUCAAACCACUCCUACUACCCCUUAUUUCUCCAGCCCAGUCGACGGACCAGAUGACUCUGGUGCCGAGACGGUCCGAAAGACUCGCGACAUGGACUUGACGGAUUCCAUGGAUGAAAGCUCACGGUCCAAGUCAGUCGAUCGUGGCCUCUUCUCCAGUUCAGAUAAACGCGCUGAACCCAAGGUGGGCGUCAAUACCACCGUUGCGCCAGGCAGCGUUCAAGCACCACCUCGGCAUGGAAGACGACCUGUCAAGUCCGUUGACUUGGGCAAGGCUUCCCACCAUAGACGCUUGGAAGCUUCUAUACUCUCCUCAUCUCUCGCCGCCGCCGCUGGUCAACAGUAUAGUCAGGCGGUUCCAACCCACUCUGCUGAAUCUUGCAACAAGACCAGACCUCGAUCUCUUCAGAGAAUGGAUAGUGCUCCGAUCACAAGAACGUCACCACCUCGCCACUCGGAAGAUCUCUGCAUGCGACGAGGUGAUCGGGUUGAGUACAUCAGUUACUCUUGCCCGCCCUCACCUAUCCAGGAGGAAUGGACCCGAGAUGAAACCCUUCCUCGCGCAGAUACCAUGACCACUACCAAGUCGUCAAGUGUCGAUUCAAUGGAGGCGUUAGCCACCCCAUCGACUAGCCCAAGUGUCACCAGCCCUGUCUCAGCACUCCCUUCUACAGCCAGCACAUCAGAGCGGAUGCUGGCAUUCCAGUCUGAUCCCUCUCUGCCAGCCUUGCUCAGUGGUGCCAGCUCCGUCUCAGCUGAUAUGGAAGCUGAGCUGUUGUGCAAACCAGGCAUUGUCAGCGCUCACCCACAACUGCUCGAAACCACCGACAGUCUGACGCCACCAGCUUUUGACAAGGAACCCAAUGGCUUCCCUAUCGACCACGUGUACGGCAAUCCUCCUGCUAUGGACAGUGGUUCUCUUGCUGUCCAUCUCGAAGGUGGUGCUCGGGACUCGGUGACUAGCACUCCCGUUGCCCGGCCCGUCGACGAUGAUUUCGACGACGAUGGCAGCGAUGACGGGAUCUUGCUCAUGGCCAAGUCAAAGAAGAAGCCAGCGCAGACUACGUCACGACCUCCAGUCUUCAACCCUCGAAGACGUGACACCAACAUUAGCAUUGCGAGCACCGAAACAGCCAAGAAGGUGCCGACCUCUGCAUAUGGUGACGAAGGGACGUCACCCUAUGAAACAUGAUACCCCUUCCCCGUUUUAUGGCAUAUUUAUUAAGUUCAUUUAUUUAUCUUGUCACAUACUUUGUCAAAUGCCAGACAAGCAUUGAGAGUCUUUUUCCAUUAUGGGUCGAGUUGCAUCUUCAGUUGCCUGGAGAAAUGUUUUGGAGCAUGAGGCCUUCGCUUUGCACGAAACGUGGUAUCACAUCAGGUGUUUUCUUGUUAUUAGAUCGUUGCUCACAUCCCAGAGAGGGAUCGUUACUGCAUUGCUAUUUUAUGGCAUAUCAUGGGUGGCUCAGUUGCUAUAAAGAUUUAUCCCGUGUUGUUUUUUCUUGAGACGGACCGCUGUUUCGUGGGCGGGAUGUAUGGAUGAGAAAAUGAGAAUAAUGACGGGUUUUAUGAGCUGAAAUGAGAUCGGAGGAGGGACAAAGGAUGAAUAUGUAUCGGAUCAAAGGCAGAAGGGGCCCAGAACGUCACCGCUUCGUCGGAAGUCAGUCCUAUCGUUGACGGACGCAUUGUUUAUAUAUAUGACGAGAAGGAGGAGGAAUAAGAAUGAACCCCUUGCAUUUUUUCGCUGGGCUAUAUACAGCGGCAUCAGAGCAGCCUGCCCCUGGGAGAACAGGGAGGCUUGCGUGCAUUUGUAUAGAUACGGUGGAGAGAUUUGUUACUUUCUUUGGUUGGAUGUCAUUCCAUCUAUUGAAGAUUUGUGUCGGUGCUGUGCAUCUGACACCGAUAAUAAUAGCCCCUUGAAACUGCAGAA